AUGAUUAAUUUACUCUCUUCUUCUUUCUUCUUUCUUUCUUUCUUCUUCUUUCUUCUUUCUUUCUUUCUUUCUUCUUCUUUCUUCUUUUUUCUUUCUUAUUCUUUCUUCUUUCUUUCUUCUUUCUUAUUUUUUCUUUCUUAUUCUUUCUUCUUUCUUUCUUCUUCUUCUUCUUUAUUCUUUCUUUCUUAUUCUUUCUUCUUUCUUUCUUAUUCUUCUUUCUUAUUUUUCUUUCUUUCUUAUUCUUCUUUCUUCUUUCUUUCUUCUUCUUUCUUCUUUCUUUCUUUAUUCUUUCUUUAUUCUUUAUUCUUUCUUCUUUCUUCUUCUUCUUUCUUCUUCUUCUUUCUUUUUCUUCUUUCUUUCUUCUUUCUUUCUUCUUCUUUCUUUUUCUUCUUUCUUCUUUCUUUCUUCUUCUUCAUUCUUUCUUCUUCUUUCUUCUUCUUUCUUCUUUCUUCUUCUUUCUUCUUCUUUAUUCUUCUUUAUUCUUUCUUCUUCUUUCUUCUUUAUUCUUCUUUAUUCUUUUUUCUUUAUUCUUUCUUUCUUCUUUCUUCUGCUUCUUUAUCCCUUCUUUUUUCUUUCUUCUUCUUUAUUCUUUCUUCUUCUUUAUUCUUUCUUCUUCUUUAUUCUUUCUUCUUCUUUAUUCUUUCUUCUUCUUUAUUCUUUCUUCUUUCUUAUUCUUUCUUCUUCUUUCUUUCUUCUUCUUUCUUUCUUCUUUAUUCUUUCUUCUUCUUUCUUUCUUCUUCUUUCUUUAUUCUUCUUUCUUUCUUCUUUCUUUAUUCUUCUUUCUUCUUUUUUCUUUUCUUUCUUUUAUUCUUCUUCUUUCUUUUCUUCUUUCUUUCUUCUUUCUUUCUUCUUCUUUCUUUAUUCUUUCUUUCUUCUUUCUUCUUUUCUUUCUUUCUUUAUUCUUUCUUCUUUCUUCUUCUUUCUUCUUUAUUCUUUCUUCUUUCUUCUUCUUUCUUUCUUUAUUCUUUCUUUCUUCUUCUUUCUUCUUUAUUCUUUCUUUCUUCUUUAUUCUUUAUUCUUCUUCUUUCUUCUUUAUUCUUUCUUCUUUCUUCUUCUUCUUUAUUCUUUCUUUCUUCUUCUUCUUUAUUCUUUCUUUUUUAUUCUUUUUCUUCUUCUUUAUUCUUUAUUCUUUCUUCUUCUUUCUUCUUUGUUCUUUCUUCUUUCUUCUUUAUUCUUUCUUCUUCUUCUUUAUUCUUUCUUUCUUCUUCUUUAUUCUUUCUUUCUUCUUCUUUAUUCUUUCUUUCUUCUUUCUUUCUUCUUCUUUAUUCUUUCUUUCUUCUUCUUUAUUCUUUCUUCUUCUUUCUUUCUUCCUCUUUAUUCUUUCUUCUUUAUUCUUUUUUCUUUCUUCUUUCUUCUGCUUCUUUAUUCUUUCUUCUUUCUUCUUCUUUAUUCUUUAUUCUUCUUUAUUCUUUAUUCUUUAUUCUUCUUUAUUCUUUAUUCUUUAUUCUUCUUCCUUCUUUCUUUAUUCUUUCUUUCUUCUUUCUUUAUUCUUUCUUUCUUCUUUAUUCUUUCUUUUUCUUCUUCUUUCUUAUUCUUUAUUCUUCUUCUUUCUUCUUUAUUCUUCUUUAUUCUUUCUUUCUUCUUUCUUCUUCUUUAUUCUUUCUUUCUUCUUUCUUCUUCUUCUUCUUUAUUCUUUCUUUCUUCUUUUUUAUUCUUUCUUCUUUAUUCUUUCUUCUUUAUUUCUUCUUCUUCUUUCUUCUUUCUUCUUUCUUUCUUCUUCUUCUUUAUUCUUUCUUUCUUUCUUCUUCUUCUUUAUUCUUUCUUUCUUUCUUCUUCUUCUUUAUUCUUUAUUCUUUAUUCUUUCUUCUUUAUUCUUUAUUCUUUCUUCUUUAUUCUUUUUUCUUUAUUCUUUCUUUCUUCUUUAUCCUUUCUUCUUUAUUCUUUAUUCUUUAUUCUUCUUCUUCUUUAUUCUUCUUCUUUAUUCUUUCUUCCUCUUUCUUCUUUCUUCUUCUUUCUUCUUCUUUCUUCUUCUUUCUUCUUUAUUCUUCUUUCUUCUUCUUUCUUUAUUCUUUCUUCUUUAUUCUUCUUUAUUCUUCUUCUUCUUUCUUCUUCUUCUUCUUCUUUAUUCUUUCUUCUUCUUCUUUAUUCUUUCUUCUUUCUUUCUUCUUCUUUAUUCUUUCUUCUUCUUCUUUAUUCUUUCUUCUUUCUUUCUUCUUUAUUCUUUCUUUCUUCUUCUUCUUUAUUCUUUCUUCUUCUUCUUUAUUCUUUCUUUCUUCUUCUUCUUUAUUCUUCUUCUUCUUUCUUUUCUUUCUUUUCUUUAUUCUUCUUCUUCUUCUUUCCUUUCUUUAUUCUUUCUUUCCUUUCCUUCUUUCUUCCUUCUUUGUUUCUACUACUACUACGACGACGACGUUUCUGUCAUGUAUCCUCCUGGCCUUCCUUCGGUGUCUCUUGUGUUCUGAAAUUUAA